CUUCGAUGAAAACAAAUACACUUCGUAACGACAGUAGUACAAGAGCCCGUCAGCCCAUUAGACAUUCUCUGGUAGUACUACUACCAUUGACGUGUUCAACUACUACCUGUACUACUACUUCUACAAGAAAAACAGAUACAGAAAACACAUCUGUUGAAUCUACGUUCAGCUCCGCAAGCUUGCGUAAGAUAAUUACUAAUUACUAAUACCCAUUGAUGUAAAUAAAUAAGUGUACCCUGCUGUUAUUGAAAUACGUUAAGAUGUAUGUUUGGAUAUACCAUUUACCCAUGUAUACGGAGGGUUAAAGCGUGAACUCAGAUAAUUUAAUUUAGGCAUUUCUAUGAACGACAAGUUUGAUCACAAUAAUAGUAGGCGUGUAAUGCACCGUGAAGCGGUAUAGUGUAGCGGUAAGUAAGGGAGGAUGAGGAAGUGGGAAGAGCGAGUGAAGAAGGUGGAAGGGCUUGCCCAGGCGUUCCACAAGACUCCCCUGACCACACCGUACAAACCCCGGCUAUGGCCAUGCCAACCCUCCUCCGUCUGGAAGCUCUUCCCACGGCAAAACCUGGCAAUGAGCUUCACACAUACGUGCAAAGAGGAUGUGCAUAUUUUUGCUCUCGAGAAAGAAAAAGCUGCCACGGGCCAGAGGAUCUACCUGGUUACCAGUUACAGUGAGCUGUGGCACUACUACAGGACCUUCCAGCACUCCCUGAUGCACUGCUACGAGGUGAUUCCAGAGGGCGCUGUUUGUAAGCUCUACUUCGACCUGGAGUUUCACCGGCAGUGCAAUCAGGGGCUUGAUGGGAAAGCUAUGGUGGCCUUCCUGGUCCAGUAUGUGUGUGAACGGCUGAUGGAGGUGUAUGGGGUUGCGUGCUCAGCCCACGAUGUUCUCAAUCUGGACUCCAGCACGGAGGACAAGUUCAGCCGGCACCUGAUCUUCUGUCUCUCGAGCGCCGCGUUUAAGGACAACAUCCACAUGGGUAAAUUCGUCCAUGGCAUCCUCACUCCAAAAACAAACACUUUGGCAAACCCUGACAGUGAUGCAGAGAAUGAUGUCCCAGGAUGGCCUGGUCCCUCUGAGGAAAGCUCUGUUGAGGACGGUCCGACCCCCCAUGGCCCCAUGGCUAAGAGACGGCGGUCCGGCCAGACCCCGGACCCCAGAGACCUUAGCUGCCUGAAGGUGAAGGGCAAACAGGGCCAGGAAGGCCUCUUCGUUGAUCUUGGUGUCUACACAAAGAACCGGAACUUCCGUCUUUACAAGUCAUCCAAGGUGGGAAAGAACGUGGCUCUGACCGUGGCUGAGGACAACCUGUUCUCCCCCCGGCCUGUGAAGAACCUGUCCCCAGAGCAGAAUCUCUUCCUGGCAUCGCUGGUCUGCAAUGUUAGUUACACCGGCCAGAGAAUCCUGACGUGGGACGCGCCCGAUGGAGCCACGACGAGAUCCAACACACAGCAAGCUGAGCAGCCACCGGGAAACACACUUCCUGGCACAUUGGGUGGUUCUGCGUAUUCCCCUUACAAAGAAGUGGAUGACUUUGUGCUGACUGUGAUCAAGAAGGACGGCGUUCAGGGAUUUAUCAGGCGCUGGAACUACUUUGUUGGGGAGCAGCUGCUGGUCUACAGCAUUCUGAACUAUCGCUGGUGUGAGAACGUGGGCCGCUUCCACAAGAGUAAUAACAUCAUGAUUCUGGUGGACCUGAAGGAGGAGAUCUGGUACCAGAAGUGUCACGACCCGGCGUGCAGGGCGUUCAGAUCUUCAAGUUAUCCUCUACCUAAAGAGAUAUGUGUCAGCUACCUCAUGAAAAAGGAUGAGGAGGAGGAGGAGCGGUACUUCAUGGAUGCUGCUGGUAACAUAGGGUUGAGGGAAGCUCCAGGGACGGCCCCGCACAGCGCAGCUCCUCAGCCCGAUACGGUGCUUGACGACUGGGCAGAGGGCGCCAACGACCAGGCUUACGUGGAGGCCUUGGAAGACUUUGAGAAAAGCAUUGAGUUCCCGGAGGCGGCCUCUGAAACCGACCAGGUUCUGCUUGAGUUCAUGACCAAUUUUGAAUCUGGUUGAAUGGAAAACGUUUUCUCGCCAUUGAUAAAUGGAUUGCAAUAAUAAACUUUUAAUUAGUCCGCUGCUUAUGCACUGCUUAUACAGUAUAAUUAUAUAAAUAAAUGUUAUGUUCUAACUGUUCUGACCAAAUGGUUGAUGUAGCAUUUCAAUAAAUGCCUGUAGCGUAAUGUACAAA